AUGCGCUUCCAUUUCAGCGACAAGGCAUUCGAUUUCGAGGCGCUUCGAGCUGCCAGCUAUUCGCACAGCGGUGGAGGUGAUGUGGGCGAAGUGCUGGCCAUCUGCGGCAAGGUGAAGAGCGGCAGCAGGUGGUUGGGAGGGGAGGGAGCGGAUGCGCAUCAUCGCGGCCGCGGCCGCGGCAGCAGCGGCAAGGCUGAAGAGAGGUGGAGGGAAGCGUUUGAACUGGCCGCAUUGCGCGCAGAAGCGCUGGCCAGGAGGAGCUUGAGCGCGCAAAACGACUUGGAUGCCAAGCUGGCCUUUCUUCGAGCCAGCAACUAUGCUCGCACUGCCGACUUCUUUUUGCGCGACAAAUUGUCAAGAGGCUUGCAGGAUGCGGAUUCCGAUAGGCUGUACCAGCAGAGCGUCGAUUGCUUUCUGAGCGCAAUGCAACUCGACAAGCGCUACACCUACCGCAAGCUCGCCAUCCCUUACACCUACACCAUCAAGCAAACACGCUCGCGACCGCAAGAGAAGCAGACCUGCACAUUGCCAGGCUACCUCAUCACCCACGCAUCCAAAGAUGCCAAUGCCAAUGUCGAUGCCAAUGCCAAUGACAAUGCCGCGACUGCGACUGCAAUUGCUCGACCCACCAUCAUCCUCAACGGAGGCUACGAUGGCACCAAGGAGGAAGCCUAUCUAGCCCUCGGUCAUUCCGCGCUAGCCAGGGGCUACAACUUUCUCACGUUCGACGGUCCAGGUCAAGGCGCUGCUCUGCGCAAGCUCGGCUUGACCUUUAGAUCGGACUGGGAAGCCGUGGUGGAUAGCGUGCUGGAUCACGUGCACCAGCUCGACUUGCCCCAAAUCGACACCAACCAGCUCGUGCUGUACGGCUGGUCCAUGGGCGGCUACCUCGCUGCGCGCGCAGCCGCUUUCGAUGCGCAACGCCAAGAUGGUCCUCGCAUCGCCGCCCUCAUCCUCAACGAUGGCGUGUACGAUUUCGGUAGCAGCUUCACCAAAAACGUCCCUUGGCCUGCCAACCGCAUCUUUCCCGAUCCUCGUUGGGAUCGUCUGUUCGACUGGCUCGCUUGGCCAGCGGCUGCCUUUGAUACGGGCAUUCGUUGGGGUCAGCAAAACGGUUUGUGGACAUUGGGCGCAAAGAGCGCCUCGGAUCUGCUCCGCAAAAUUUCCCACUACCAUCUGCGCAACGGCUUGGCCGAGCUCAUCUCUCAUCCAACGCUCAUCCUCGAUGCGGAAGAUGAUCACUUUAUGAAAGGCCAGCCAGACGAACUGUCAAAGCGUCUCCUCUCCUCCAACAAGGCCAAUCCCGCCUCGAUGCUGGUGCAGAUGA